GUCUGCCUAAUGAUGCUCCCGGGACACGCUGGGACCCUUGUGAUCUUAAUAAUAUUCCCUGCAAUCAGUGUAUGCAUAAUGAUGCUCCGCAUGGUUUGGAGAAUAUUGACGGGUAAAGUUGGUUUGGAUGAUAUUAUGGUUCUGGUCGCUACUUUGUUAAUAAUUCCGCAUGCGUACGCCACCUAUAUGCAUGUUGCAGAGUUAAGUUAUGGUCGAGCCAGCACGUCUGAAGCAAUGAGGAAAUCCCUCAAAUACAAUCUUGUGAGCCAGAUGCUCUAUUACCCGAUCCUAGCACUCGUUAGGUCCUCUAUAAUUCUUUUUCUUUUUCGCCUGAGGCUCCGAGAAGUUAAUCAGCCCUUACAAUUGGUACUGUGGACACUGUUUUUGAUUAAUUUCCUUCAAGUUAUUGCUGUGAUUUUUGCCGACCUAUUCCAAUGCACGCCAUUAUCAUGUAUAUUUUGGGCCCCGAAUCCUGCAUCCACGCCGCCUCAAACUCUUUGUACAUGCAUCAAUAGGCCGGCGUUCUUCAUAUCGGCUUCAGCUCUGAAUAUUAGCCUCGACGUAUGGCUUCUGGUGAUUCCAACUCGACUAGUGUGGUACUUGAAUAUCGCGCUUAGUAAAAAAUUGAUGGUGGUAGCAGUAUUGAGCUUUGGAAUCCUUGCAACAAUUAUGGGGGUUAUACGUGUUGUGUUUGUCAGUACUCACCUUCCAUCGCCCUCUCUCAGUGCACAGUAUAAUAUCGAUAUUAUUUCUUCCAUUGAAAUCAACGUUGCGGUUUGGACCGCGGCUGUGCCUGCACUGAAAGAAAUGAUCAGCCAGUGUUAUCCAGAGAUGUUUAAAUGCUUCUGUUCCUUAGUACCUCAUCGGCAAAUGUUGCAAUCAGCGUCGCGAGUCUGAGGCAAGAGCUCUGGAGACGAGAAUAAAUUAUUGC